AUGCACGAUAAUAAACGAUCUCAUCCUCUUCUGGAACAAGUGCCUCUCACAGUCUCACCAUUUGUGUCUCUUCCAACAGCGACAACGCUCUCAUACAACUACAAGACCAUGCCUUCCAACAUCCCCCCCUCAUCUCUGGGCAUCGAGGCAGCAUCAGACAACCCCGCAAGUCAGGCCAAACCCAAAUACGUGGUAUCCAGCUCCGGUCACGCAGCGCAUCCCGAGGACAUCAUGGCCUCGUGCCGCGCACUGAAAGCUUACGUGACUAAGAUGCAGGAGGACGCAGAGCGUGAGCUGAGGGAAUUUGACGAGAGGAUCAAGGCGCGCGAACUCGCCGAGAAGAGGAGGGUGGCUCCAGGGUGGCUCGAUAGUGAGAUGCACAUCUUGGAGCCUGAGAAGAGUACCCCGGUGCAACAGCAUGGUGUUGGAAGCGUGCCGGAACCUCAGGAGGGUCAAAGUGGACCGAGUGCGAAUGCGACAGAAGACCAAGGUGCUGAGUUAGACCGGGUGUUUGGUGGAAUGGCUUUGAAAUAG